UCGUCAGCGGAAACACGCAAGGUGGGGUCGUCACAAAAGCAAAGGGGAAAAAGAAUAAAAGGCGAAGGCCAAAGAAAGCGGGGACGAAGAAGUGAUGGUCGAAAGGGAGGCGCAGCCUAGGGUACCAUCUCACCGGGGAGAUGUUAUAUAGAUGCUGUGCGUCGGCAAACCGUUUUCUCCUCUGCUCAUCAUGUCUUUUCUAUGUGCGAGCGGUCCGUUUGACAUCGAGGGUACCGAGCAGACACCACAGUACCCUCAUGCGAAUUCUACAUAUGUAUUACAGCCAUAGAGAAGACGGCGCGCUCUCAGAGUGCUACUUCGAGGCGGCGGUAUUUAUCAACCAUCAUUCAGCGAUAACUGCGGGAUGUCAGGCACGGCACGCGGGCGCUCUUACGCAAGGCGAUGUUCGAAUCAAUGCGCGUUUGACGCAAACCGGUGAGUACGACACAUCUUACCGCUUUUUUGACGUCUGCCUCUUGGAAACCGUCCGGCCACGCAGGGAAAGGUAGAAUCAAAGUAAUUGUGCCAACGCUGAAGGCACCGAGAGGUCUGCAGCGCCCAGCCAUCUCCGCUUUAUAUACGUGGGCCUU